UGAUGCCCGAGGAUGGCGGCGGCGGCCGUGGCCAUGGCCCCGGCCCGGAGACGGUCGGCAGAGCCGCCGAGACGCCGAAGAGUCCGCCGCCCGCGCGAGGUGUAGACGGGGCACUGCCUGCAGAGCAGGUCCUGCCAGCCUCGUUGGAGAGGAUGCCCUCGUGUCCGUGAUGGGCUGUGGGACAAGCAAGGUCCUUCCCGAGCCACCCAAGGAUGUCCAGCUGGAUCUGGUCAAGAAGGUGGAGCCCUUCAGUGGCACUAAGAGUGAUGUGUACAAGCACUUCAUCACAGAGGUGGACAGUGUCGGCCCUCUCAAAGCCGGGUUCCCAGCAGCCAGUCAAUAUGCACACCCCUGCCCCAGUGCCCCCACUACUGGCCACACAGAGCCUCCCUCAGAACCACCACGCAGGGCCAGGGUGGCUAAGUACAGGGCCAAGUUUGACCCACGUGUGACAGCGAAGUAUGACAUCAAGGCCCUGAUUGGCCGAGGCAGCUUCAGCCGAGUGGUACGCGUGGAGCACCGGGCCACCCGGCAGCCAUACGCCAUCAAGAUGAUCGAGACCAAGUACCGGGAGGGGCGGGAGGUGUGUGAGUCCGAGCUGCGCGUGUUGCGCCGGGUGCGGCAUGCCAACAUCAUCCAGCUGGUGGAGGUGUUUGAGACCCAGGAGCGUGUGUACAUGGUGAUGGAGCUGGCCACGGGUGGAGAGCUCUUUGACCGCAUCAUCGCCAAGGGUUCCUUCACCGAGCGUGACGCCACGCGGGUGCUGCAGAUGGUGCUGGAUGGUGUCCGGUAUCUGCACGCGCUGGGCAUCACACACCGAGACCUCAAGCCUGAGAAUCUGCUCUACUACCACCCGGGCACCGACUCCAAGAUCAUCAUUACUGACUUCGGCCUGGCCAGCGCCCGCAAGAAGGGUGACGACUGCCUGAUGAAGACCACCUGUGGCACGCCUGAGUACAUUGCCCCCGAAGUCCUGGUCCGCAAGCCCUACACCAACUCCGUGGACAUGUGGGCACUGGGUGUCAUUGCCUACAUCCUGCUCAGUGGCACCAUGCCCUUUGAGGACGACAACCGCACCCGGCUGUACCGGCAGAUCCUCAGGGGCAAGUACAGUUACUCGGGGGAGGCUCUCUCCCCUCCAUCCUUCUCUUCUCUGCUGCUCGUGCCUCACCCGCCACCUGCUGGGUCCCGGGGUGGUGGAUGGUGGUGGAUUCUGGGUGUCUUGGCCAGAGGAGGGGAUGCUGGCGCCACCGCCACACGGUCACAGUCUGCUGACUUUUCCAAGCGCUCGUCCUCGUGGGCAGCCUCAGAGCGUGCUGUUCUUGUUGCCACACUGCUCUUCUGAGUAAACCCCAAGCUCUGUUUCCCAGAAUUUCCUCUGUGCCCUUUUCUCCGCUCUCAUUCGGGCCCACGUAAGUACAGAAAGGGAGGCCUUCGCGGGUGGGAACACUGGGUCUGAAAAUACAUCCUGAGACAAAGCCGAGGGAAGAACUGAGUCACGGCAGCCAGGCCCAGGCUUCUUUCCUCCCUUUCUUCCCUUCCCAGCCGCUCUUUGGCAGGGCUGCCCUCCCCGCCAGACAGCCUUCUCCAGGGUCACCAUGGGCUGGCUGAAGAACACACAGGGGUCAAGAGGUCAGCCUGUGUCAGAUGCUAUGCUCUGCCACCCGCAGCCAAGUGAGGGGAAACGUGAGAAGCCGUGUUCUUUGAAUCUAGGACAUGAGAAACUGGGAAGGACUUAGAAUUUGUUGCAUUCAGCCUUUGUUAAAAGUCAGGAGGCUGUGACUCUAAUGUCACACGGAGAAGGUAGAACUAGAGCACAGGUCACUGGGCUUAUAGUCCAACACUUUGAUUUAUCACCCAGAUGCCAUUCAGAAGAGACACUGGGCCUUUCUCUCCCAGCCGCACUCGACAGUAGUCAGACCUGCCUGCCAGAGGACGUCUAGGGCGGCCCUGUAAGCUGGGUUUGCUCUAGAGAGAAGCAGCCACCUCCUCUCUCUGCAGCCUAGGCCAGAGGGCUGCCUCCAGCCUUUGUUCCCCUGGCCCUUGAGCUCAAGAUGAGACCACUGGUAGUGGCUUGGGUAAUGCUCUCGCCCAGCCCUUGUGCCAGACGUUAGAGCUAGAGCAAGUGAAAGAGGCCAUUAGGAGGGAGGGGUCCUCGAGCUGGAGCAGAAAACCUUUUCUUCUCUGUUGCCUGUCCCUCCAAAGGGAGUGUUGGAUGCCUCUGCUGAGAAGUGGCGUUGGCCCAGCAUGAGCAAGCUGAAGUUAGCAAGGAGGUGCUCAUGGAAGAGGUCCCUCCCCCUAUUCCCUGUUGGUGUCUGUUGUUCCAGCAUCAGGAGUAGGUACCCUAACUGCAAGGGGACAAGGACUCUUUGGGGGCUAUGGACUCGGAAGCAAGGCGGCCUGCUUGAUGGUCAGAGUCAGAGUGGAGGUGAUGUCCCUCCUCCCACAGCCUCUCCUUGUCCUCUCAGGGCAGGGCCCAGCCCCUCACCCACGCAGCUCCAGGGACCGUGGCAAGAAGAGUGUGGGUGUCGGAGCUGCCCUCCGGUCCCAGAGCAGGGGAGACCUGAGUGUCUGGAGGCAAAGCCAACCAACAUCUAACAUUUCCCUCUGUGCCCCGUGCUCCAUGUCAGCCUAGAAGCAGGUGGUACUUGGCACCUGUGCCAUCUUUCAGUCCCCUGAGGCCAUGUGUGUCCCUGGUGUGGCCCCAAGUAUACUGAGGUGGGAGUUCUGUCCUUUGCCCAGAGCAAGCAUAUAGAGCAGUGGAAACUGAACGGUGUGGUGACUGCUUACCAUUUUUCUUCUCCCAUGCCCAGAAUGCUUCCUGGCCAGUCACUCGUGGGCUGACAGACACACUUCUGUGGCUCCAGGGCCCUGAGCAGCAGGGGUCAGUGCCUGGUGUGAGCCUGUGCCACUCUGGAAUUGGAGAUGCUUAAGCCGAUGGGCAGGUCUGGCGAGAGGCCCUCCACGGCUGCGCUGACUAACAGUGGCUCCUUGUGUUUGGAGGGCAGCAGCGGGCCAUGGGUCUUCUUGAGCUGUGAGCUGAAAGCUGUUGGGGCAACUGUUUAAUCCAGUCGCCCUACAUACUGGCCUUUAAAGCAGAGGAGUGGGCUGCAGGCCCCGAAACGUGGACCCGCCUGCCUGUAUGGGGGGCUGUUGCUCCCAUACCCCACACUGCGCUCCGACAGCAAAGUGUCUUAUUCCUGAGGCCCUGACUUUCUUCCCCCUGAGGACCAGAGUCUCCCAGGAGUCACCGGGAGCUGGCCCGGCGGUAAGGACGACCCUGUGAGGCAGCUGUUUGGAAAUGUGGUUCCCGUCACUUCCAGUUCAGCUCUCUGAAAGUUGAGAUUGCCCUUCCAAGGGGCAGGCGAGGACAGCAACUGCAAGUAGCCCCAACCCUUCUCAGAACUGCAGAUGCAUGUUCCUCCCGCAUCACCCCGUACAGCAGUCGGGACGGUGGUGUGGGAAGAGUUUGAGUUCAAGGGAGCCAGACUGGGGGUGGGGGGGUUAGCAAUCAGCAGUCAGUGGGUGUGUCCGUCCACUAAAUGGCCAUGCAGCUGUCCCGAAUGUGCGCUCAUAGACUUUUUCUGAGCCCCCCGGGAGGGUAUGUUCAGGGGUUCCUCAAUGGGGUGGAACAGGCAGACCUCACCUAGCAGGAAGGAAAGUGAUAGGGUCCCUGGCAUCCCAGCUGGGCCGUAUAAACAGGCUCAGGGAAGGUCCUAGCUGCCCACCCUUUGGGGAUCGAGUCCAUGCCAGAAAUGCUCCUAGGAGAGGCAGGGACUCAGAGCCUGCCCUCAAGGCCCCACCUGGCUGAGCCCCAUGGCCUGGAAGCAGCUCCAGCAAUGGGCACUCAUUAGUUGGCAAACAUGAGUUGUUUACUCACUGAGCCUGUGCCUACUGAGCCUCUUAUGUGUCCGCACCAGGCACUGGGGCUCAUCCAGCUCACUGUGGUCCAGUGGGAAUAAUGAACUUGAAAUUACAGUCUUAAGGUUGCUGCUGGAGUAACUGCCAUAAGCACUGGGGGCUAAGAGGGAGCCUGAGCAAGUGUCCUUUACCCUGAGGACCUAAGGAUUCAACCAGGUGAAGACCAGUCUGCAGCCCGAGGCCUCAGACAGACAGCUACUCUGGGUGUGGCAGAGAUGAGGCAGCCCUGGAUGCAUGUCGCAGAGCAGGCUUUGUGGAGCUCCUCCCUUGGGACAGAGGACUAAAAUGAGGCUGGCUCACACCACUGCCAGGAGGCUUUCGUGGCUUAGAGAAGUCCUACAGACUAGAGAGUGCCCCGGGAAGAUCCUGGUCCCUGCCUGGCCCCCGGGAGCCCCUGUCCUCAGCAGACUGAGAAAUGGAAUUGUUUCCUUUCCUCCCCAUGCUGGGAGGCUGAGGCUGAGACAGGGAAUGCCGUGGUCUUCCAGCACUGCUUUAGCAGUUGGAGCGAGCUUGGACCCUCUAUUUAAGGACUAGGAAGCUCCCUUCUAAGUGGCCUGGUCUGGGCAUCCAGGCAUUGGAGCUUAAGUCUGACUCAGAAUGUGGGGGAAAGCUUUGAGUCAUUCUCUUUAAAUCCCCCUGAGUUAUGGUGGCCCUGGGGUAGGUUGGGGGUCCUUGGCAGCAGCUACCUCCCUGAGCCAGGCUUUGGGUCAGUACACCUUAGAAGUUUUCUCCCUGGGAAAAGGGACAGGUCCUUUUCCUCCUAAUCACCCAGAGAGCAGCCCCUGCUGGGUCAACAUUGGGUGGGGAGGGGAGCCCCAGAAUGCCACAUGGGAGAGGGGGCCCCUCUGUGGGAGUAGUGCAAGGGUGCCGGGUGUGUCUGAAUACUGUGGAUGGUGGCUUCAUCCAAAUGGGAUGGGCAGUGUUGAGUGCUGUCACUCUAAUGCUUGUCCUUGGCCUCUAGCCCUGGCCUAGUGUGUCCAACCUGGCCAAGGACUUCAUUGACCGCCUGCUGACAGUGGACCCUGGAGCCCGUAUGACUGCACUGCAGGCCCUGA